CCCUGAUAGGAUUUCCCACGAUGCAACGCGAAGCUGUCAUGGCUGCUCACUGAUGCUUCUUGUAGCACAUGGGCAGUAACAAACACAUUCGUAGCUUAACACGAAGAGAAGCGGCGCAACAUCCCCCGAAAGGAGAGGACAACAAUUGAAAAUUAAAUCCAGUUCGCGUUGAAGCCACCGUCACUUUGUGCGGCACGUUUCGGAAUUAUGGUGUGGGACGUGGAGAUAGCAGCACUCCGAGGCUUUCUCACAGACAGCGAAGCAACGGAGUGGAAGCAGAAUAAUUCAAGCGCUGCAGGAAGUGGUUCGCUGCUGGAGUCCCUGCUGGAGGGUAAUUUCGAGGGGGUGCUCCUGAGCCCCGUGGUGCUGGACGUGCUCGGCGGGGAGAGCGGCGAUGGGGAGACGGUGGAGGCCUACCUGCAGAGGCGUUUCCUGGCCUACCUGAGCGACGCCACGGAGGACGACCGAGCAGAGAGGGAGAAGGUGCUGUACGUCCUGGCGGUGGCUUGCCUUCACCUCUUCGCCCAAAGUAACUGGACGGGCCCCCCUGUCACCGUCCACCCGCAGGACAUCCUCCCCCCCGCCCUCCUGCAGCCCCUCUCUGAGCCACAGGCUCUGACUGCAGCCCUCCUGAACAGCCUGGUGUUGGACGGGGAGUCCGUGUACAGCCUGGUGUCCAACCCCUUCCUCCUGCUCCUGGCCAGAGUCCUGCUCGUCAGCUGUGGGGCCAAGCUGGAGAGCUUCCAACUGCUCCCCUGGUGGACCCUCAGGUACGUCGCCCUGCACCAGCAGAUUCUGGAAGAGCGUUCCCCGGAGCUGCUCACCCUGGCCCGGAGCAGCAUGGAGAAAGCGCUGAAGACGGAGGCCCUGUUCGAUGGCGAGGCCCACAGGAACCUGGCCGUCCUGUUCCACCUGGAGUGCGGCUACACCUGCCUGACCUACUACGAGUACCGGCCCGCCAAGGACCACUUCCUGCAGGCCCGCCAGCUGUCCCGUCUGGAGAUUAACGUGACAGGUGCUCUUGGGAAACGGACGCGGUACCAGGAGAACUUCCUGGCUCAGCUCAUUCUCGACGUCCAGCGCAAGGAGGGGGCCCUCCCCCCCGAGGCAGGCCUCACCCCAGCGCCCACCCCCCGGGAAAACCUACCCAAGGACCACGACCUGGCCGACGACACGGUGCUGAACAGCGUCAGCCUGGCGGAGCCCGAGGAGCACCAGCCGCCGGACCUGAGCGCCGAGGAGCAGGCCGUCAUCCUGGGAGUGUGCACAGAUUUCCAGAAGAACAACCCCGUCCACAAGCUGACAGAUGAAGAAGUGCUUGCCUUCACAUCCUGUCUGCUGUCCCAGCCCAAAUUCUGGGCCGUGGAGGUGACCGCGCUGAGCCUGAGGACCCGGCUGGAGAGGGGCAGCUCUCGGAGGGUGGAGAGAGCCAUGAUGCAGACACAGACCCUGGUGGACUACUUUGAGGAGAAGGGCUCGCCGGUGUCGGAGAGGCUGAAGGUGUUCUACAGCUGCCAGGUGCCGACGCGCUGGGCUCUGCAGAGGCAGCUGGCCAGCCUCCUGAUGGACCUGGGCUGCACCAGCUCCGCCCUGCUCAUCUACGAGAAGCUGGAGCUGUGGGAGGACGCUGUCAUCUGCUACGAGAGGAUAGGGCAGCACGGGAAGGCGGAGGAGAUCCUGCGUCGGGAGCUGGAGAGGAAGGAGACCCCCUCCCUGUACUGCCUGCUGGGGGACGUCCUGCGGGACGGGCAGUACUACGACCGGGCGUGGGAGCUGUCGGGUCACCGGAGUGCCCGGGCCCAGCGCUCCAAGGCCCUGCUGCACCUGCGCAGCAAGGAGUUCCAGCAGUGCGUGGACUGCUUCGAGCGCUCACUGCGCAUCAACGCCAUGCAGCUCGGUGUGUGGUUCUCUCUGGGCUGUGCCUACCUCGCGCUGGAGGGCUACGAGGGCGCCGCCAGGGCCUUCCAGAGAUGUGUGGGGCUGGAGCCGGACAACGCGGAAGCCUGGAACAACCUCUCCACCGCCUACAUCCGACUGCAGCAGAAGAACAAGGCCUUCCGCACCCUGCAGGAGGCGCUCAAGUGUAACUACGAGCACUGGCAGAUCUGGGAGAACUUCAUCGUCGUCUGCAUCGACGUCGGCCAGUUCGGCGAGGCCAUCAAGGCCUACCACCGGCUCCUGGACCUGCGGGACAAGUACAAGGACGUGGAGGUGUGUGUGUGUGUUCCCCAGGCGCUGCAGUUCUUGGCUAAGGCCCAUCGCUGUGAGACUCAGGCCAGUGGCUGGGAGAAGGACCCGGGGAGCUUCAGGGAGGUGGUGAAGAGGGCCGUGGACCUGGCCAAUGUCACUCUCAGCUGCAGCAGAGGUAAGGCCAGCCCCCAGGAGGCGCUGCAGAUGCUGUCCUCCACUCGCCUUAGCCUCCGAAGUCUGGCCACCAAAGCCAAGCAACUGCACACCGACGUUGCCACGGGGGAGCUCCAUGGCGACCUGGCCGAUGAUGUCAGAACCCUGGAGCAGCUGAUCGCAGAGAUGCAGGAGCUGGGCACUCAGCUGCGCAGCCAGUGAAGGGGAGAGACGCGGCGGGGCGGCGCAGGAAAGGGUUAAUUAAACAGACCCAGACCUCCUGCGGGAAACGCGGACUGAGCUGCACACAGUGACCGUGUGCCCAACACGCGACACAGAAACUGUCCUUUUUUAUAAUGCGUUCUUAUGUGAUCUCAUGUAUUAAAUACAUACCCAGAAAAGCCUAACAAAA